UCCGGGACGUCGACUUUGUCCAUGCAGUCCCGCAAGUUUGCAGACGUCAAGCCGCCGUAUUCCUACAUUGCUUUGAUCACCAUGGCACUGGAGAGCUCUCCGUCGGGGAUGAUGACCCUCAAUGAGAUCUACACGUACAUCAUGAACAAGUUUCCUUACUUCAAGGAGAAUCAGCAGCGAUGGCAGAACUCUAUUCGCCAUAACCUCUCCCUCAACGACUGCUUCAUUAAGAUUUCCCGCGCCCCGGGCCGGCCAGGCAAGGGCAACUACUGGGCAUUACAUCCAAGCUGUGGAGAUAUGUUCGGCAAUGGAAGUUUUCUGAGACGCGCCAAACGGUUUAAGCUGGCAAAGGCUAAGGGUGAUCACUCUGGACAACUUUCUGGCAUGAGCAGCUAUGGGCAUUUUAACUUUUACGGCAAUCACCCGGUGAGCUACAAGCCUUAUCCAUCUUUCAACCCACUGACAUUUGGAUCAUUAUCCCAUGGCCUCUCUCAAGCCCAGCACUAUCCUAUCCCACACAAAUCCACAGACUGGAGCCCCCAAAUGAACUAUGGCUCUUACUACGGCAGCCCCGUAGGGUCAACGCAAGGUCUACCUUCUCCCGGUCCAUCAAGUCCAGGAGUUCCAGGCUUCAGCCCCCCCAGUCUCACGGGGCACCCCCUCAGUGUUUCAACGUUCAGCGCCACGCACGUCGGCACCUCACCCUACUACAGCCACAGCUCCGCCAAUGGAGGGAGCCCCCUGGGCCACUCCGCCUCUGGUCCUUACGGCGCCCCGCAUGGGUCCAACCAGACCUUAAACUCUUUCUGCAGCUCUUCAUUCCCAACGUCACAGGUAGGCGGCACCUACCAUUUACCCGUGACCGUGGGCUCCCACGUGCAACCUUCGCACCCAGGUCUUCCAGGCGGCUAUACAACCCUUGCCCAAAGCCCGUACUCGUGUGCACAAUACGCAUCUCAAAUAAGGACUUAAGGAUGCUCAUUCUAGUUAGACGCUCAAACAUUUUGUUGUAUUCAAUUUACCUGUAGGUAUUGAUGACUAUAAAUUAUGCAAAUUACCAUGAGGUAUUCAAUUUGCCAGUGAUUUUUCGAUAAGGCAAGAUGUCGGCCUGUGACACAAUUCUGCAACCAGACCAGUGAAUUAGUCCAAACUUGCACCACAGUUGAUUUCAGUGUUUCACUUGAAACUCCUAGGUUCUUCAAAAAUGUCAUCAUCACAAAUUUAGGGAAACUUUGUCCAGAAAGAAACAAUUGCAUUAUUUGGAAGCUUUUUUUUUCCCCUUUUACUUUAUAGAAAGUAAUUAGCUUAGUUAAAUGUUUUUGAAAAGACAUACACACAUCUCCUACUUGUCUGCAAUUAGACAUACAAAUAUCAUCUGCUUGUCUGCAGUUAGAUAUACGCAAAUCUAGUACGUGUCUGCACUUAGAUAUACCAAUAUCUCCUGCUUGUCUGCAAUUAGACAUACACAUAUCUCCAUACUUGUCUGCAAUUAGUAUCUUUUUGUAGAAUCAUUGCUCUUAUUACUGUGAUCCCACGUUUCAUCUUUGAUCAAAGACUCGCCGUCUGAUGUCGAAACCGUGUCUUUAGGCCGUGUAUUCCCACGGUUCCCAGGAUUGUCACCUGUUCCUCUUCACCAAUUCACUGGUCUGUGUGCCAAAUGCCCAAUGUUGAUUUUAUUGUUUAUAUUUUACACAGCUAACUCUACUGGAGUUUCUUUUAUUGGACUCUUUGGGUUGUUUUAGCUCAGGUAGACUGCAGUAACUUAUAAAUACUUUUUUUCGGACCCUCUAGAAUACCUUCACAUCGACAACUAGUGGGAUAUCCAAAAUAGAACACCAUUUCCUAUAGCACCUUCAUUGUAUAGAAUAGUUUUAAAUCGAUUAAAAUUUCACCUUCACAUUGACCAGAGUAGUUUAAUUCCUAAAUAGAUCACCGUUUCCUAUAGCACCCACACAUUGUCUAGAAUAGUGUAUUGCCUAAAAUAGCUUACCAUUUCCUGAAAUAACCUUCAAAGUGCACGCAUUGAACUUUUUUUAAAAGUAAUUUUAAUGGCGUUAGGUUGUGUUGUGUUGUUUUUUUGUUGUUUUUGUUUUGUUUUUGUUUUUUUGCAACAAACUCUAAAAAUCUUUCUGCCUCGAAAUAGAGCUUAGCUUUUUUUUUUUUUUUUAAUUCCCUUUAUUUUCUAGGACAAGGUGGUGAAAUGUGUUUUUAUGUUUUGCCCACAGCACUCUAAGAAAAUGUAACGGGUUAAGUGGCACUGUAUCUUAGUUCAGUUUUUACAGCACUUGUCUUACAACCAGUCUAAGAGUGAGUACAACUCAGAUCAGAGUGAAAUUUAAUAAGUCAUAUUAAUGUUGUACGACUGAAACGUAACAAAUCCAUUUUUAUUAAGCUUUGCAGUUAGCGUCAUUUGUAUGUUUCUAUUUAUAGCUUCAUUUUGAUUUUCCCCAUUUUGUUGACGUCACUCAGUUCAGAUUCUCACUGUGCCACUCGCUGUCACGUGUGUGAGGGAAAAUACUGUACCAAAAUAACUAUUGUGACCUUAUUAUAUUUCACCUCGUUAUGGACCAGGUCAGAUUUGUAUUGACAAUUCACUAUGACGCACAUUGAUGUUCUACAAUAACUAGGUAGUGGCUGUCUGGUUGACUGGUGUUAAACAUCAAACAUUAGAUCCGCUGAAGUAGACCAACUCUGUCAUUAGAUCCGCUGAAGUAGACCAACUCUGUCAUUAGAUCCGCUGAAGUAGACCCACUCUGUCAUUAGAAUCGCUGAUUCUACUAAACAUUAAAAAAACUAAUUACAAAAUGAGUCUCUUCUUUUGGAAUGUUAAUAAACAUGGAAUGUUUUAAAUUAGUUUAUGAUAAAUUCAUUCUUCUGCUAUUCACUACUUUACACGAUUGUAUUCCUCAAUUCUUCAAAAUAUUGUUCAUACAUUUUCACUAUUGAAAAGAUCCCAGGCAGUUUGCAAAUUCCUUAUAUGCAAAUCUGCCGUAUUGUAUGUAUACUCUCCGACUAUUGUAUUAAAUGCAUGAAACAAUUAACCAUAAUUAUCAAAUAUAAUUGUACAAUGUCUUUAAUAAAUGACAUACAAAUUGUUUUAUAGGUGAUUAUGUAGGAUUGUCCACUAUUAAAUAUUGUACAAUCUCGCCGAAAUAAAGAUUUUAAAAUUGU